GGCGUGGCCCACACUCCUCCCCUCCGCCUUAAAUAGCGCUGGCCGAGGGCAGUGCGAGUAGAAGUGAGGUGGAUUAGCUGUGAGGAACAUGCACUCUCUGCCGGAUGUAAAGUCUUCCCCAGAUAUGGACAGCGUCUCCAGCCAAGACUCGCUCUACUUGCCCAACUCUGUUGGUGCCUCCCUGGAAGACCAAGAUCUCUGGGCACAGUUCCACCAGGAGGGGACCGAGAUGAUCAUCACCAAAUCUGGAAGGAGGAUGUUUCCUCAGUGUAAGAUUCGGCUUUUUGGUCUUCAUCCUUAUGCCAAGUACAUGCUGCUGGUGGACUUUGUUCCGCUGGACAACUUCAGGUAUAAGUGGAAUAAGAACCAGUGGGAAGCGGCAGGCAAAGCAGAACCUCACCCACCCUGCAGGACUUAUGUCCACCCUGACUCACCUGCCCCUGGUGCUCACUGGAUGAAGGAUGCAAUCUGUUUCCAGAAGCUCAAACUCACCAACAACACACUGGAUCAACAAGGCCAUAUUAUCUUGCAUUCAAUGCAUCGCUACAAGCCCAGGUUUCAUGUAGUUCAGUCUGAUGACAUGUACAAUUCUCCGUGGGGAUUGGUGCAAGUGUUCAGCUUCCCAGAGACAGAGUUCACUGCAGUGACGGCAUACCAGAAUGAAAAGAUUACUAAACUGAAAAUUAAUCACAAUCCAUUUGCUAAAGGAUUCCGGGAGCAGGAAAGGAGUCACAAGAGGGAUGAUGUUUUAAAGACUCUACAACAAAGUCCAAGUAAAAGGCAGAAGAGAAAGAAGUGGGAGGACAGUCCUGAGGCUGAAAUUUCAGAUUUCCCCAAGGCUACACGUGUGAAGGAGGAAUCCAUUAUGGACCCAGCUGGGGUUUACCAGAACUGGGUUUCAGAUCAUGAGGCUAACCAAGGUUUGACACCUCACUCCCCUGAGUCUGAUGGUGCAAAUCAGGAGCAGCAGGUCCCCUCGUCUUCCUCGAACUUCUAUAACAGGAACCCUUAUCGAAGGAGUUCCCAACAUCUUUCCUCCCCAUAUGAUUUGGGAGAGCCCUCUAGCAGACGUCUUACCCCUGAUGUUGCUACAGUACCGGAUUCAGAUCCAGAUUCUUUAGCGGUGCUUCAUGUCAUUCCAACACAGAAUUCCACUCAGGACCGCACAUGUGGCGUGAACUUUUCUAUGGAAGCCCAAAUGAAACAGCCCCUCCGGGGUGCCAUGUACAGCCCUUAUGGAGCAGAGCAGUGGAUGGUUCCAGCUCAAGGUCAAUAUCGGCCCAUGGGCUAUACUGCAUACCCAACAGACUUAAGCACACAAGGAGCAGUAGCUCACCCACAUAGUGGAAUGUCAGACUGGAGCCAAUACUCUCUCUUUCCAUACAGCUGUUGGUAAAUGGGUUAAGAGAAAGGUGUAUUCACAGUCCUUACCUGUCCAUGCUGAUACCUCAGUCCUGAUUUCAUGAUGUGGGGGUGGGGGAACGGGGCUGAGUGGUUCUGCAUCUCUGAGGCUUCAGGACCUCUUUAAAAACCCUGUGUUGUGAUGGUUGCAUGAUGCAGUUUGGUUACAUUGUUUGUUGGACUAAAGUGUCACUUUAUUAGCACAAACAGUAGGGUGCCCCCCUGUGCUUGUGAUCAGGGGAAUCUCUACCUGUACUUGAACAAAAUGUAUUUAUUUUAAAGAUUAGCAAGGAAAUGUGAAAAGCAGGGAAAGUGUGUGCUAACGCAGAUCUCCAGAAGAGAACCCAGAAAAGAAGUUAUGGAUUUAUAGAACAAAAUAAGACUGUAUUCAGAAGCAGUUUGGGGUAUAGUUCUGUGCCUCCAUUCUUUUAAUGACCCCAAUUAUUGCCUUUCACUGAAUUAUACAUUGAUCUGUUUUGGUUUGUAUUUUUUUUUUUUUUCUUAAACUCUAAUUUUGAUUGCAGUUUUGCACCUUACAUUUUCCAGGGUGGUGGUUUGCAGCACUGUGACUGUGUACAGCUGGUGUUUGUGCUUUUCUGCACUGCUCGGGAAAUGUGUGUGUAUUUGGGAUGUGUACUUGGGAUGUGUUUGUGUUCACCAAGGAUUGUACUGCUUACUAGGAAACUAACGCUGUGCCAUAUACACAGAGAUAGGUGAGAUUUGGUGUUCCAUCUACAGCAAAGCUACAGCUUCCCGGAUUGCCCCAGCUGAGAGCGGUACUUCUGCAAUAGCUAGAGCGCCAAAGGCUGCCUAACUCUGCAUAUUCACAUUAGCAUAACCACUGGCAUUAAUUGGGUUAAUUAACACUUAAACUGGAGAAGAUUUGUGACAUAUUUUAUUCCUUGCAGUCUAUGGUUGAGUAAAUAACAUGGGAUGGUUCCCUCUUUGUUCUACAGAGUCAAUAGCAAUUCAGCAGUUAAAGGGUUUGUGUGGCUGCUUGUAAAGUCUGGUUUUGUGGGUGGGGGUACAGGCAGAACAGUAUGUAUUCUGUAUAGAACACAUCUGUAAAUAGAUUUUAUUUAAGAAAUGUUUUGGUUUUUUUUUUACAAUGAAAUGUGUUUUAACGUGACUUUUAUUUAAUGGAAUGAACUGAGGAAGGAUAAUGAAAGUUCCAUUUUUGUCUCCAUCUGGUUGUACACCUUCAAUAAAUGUCCUCCUUAUUCCAAA